AUGCUGUUCCGAUUUCUACUUGUCUUCCUUUCUUUGUCGCAAUCUGCCUUGACUGCAGACCCUGGCCUCCCCAUGGAGGACCCCAAUAUUUCAUAUUGGCAAUUACCUCCCCAUCCUGACGUGGCAGACCGACAAAGCCCAAAACUGCCGAGCGACGUCGACGUGUUGAUCAUUGGCUCUGGGAUCACAGGCACCGCCGUCGCUCGUUGGCUCCUUCGUGACAGCUCGCAGUCGCAACCCCUUCGGGUUGCCAUGAUCGAGGCUCGCCAGUCCUGCUCUGGGGCUACUGGUCGUAAUGCCGGCCACAUCAGACCGACUCCCUGGGACUACGUCAAAGACAAAAAGGUCAUCGGCGCCGUCGAUGCAGCGAAGAUUGUCAAGCUCAAAGCAAGGCAUUACUUUGAAUAUGCCAAAGCGGCGGGCGAGGACUUGGAUGCCGCCGGAAGGGAUGCUGCCGAAGUGAGAGCUAUUGAUAGUAUCGAUGCGUGGUUUACCAAUUCGUCUUACAACAGCGCGGUCAAGAACCUUGAGAUCCUGAAGCAAGAGGUGCCGGAAAUCGGGGACGAGUGGACUGCUUUUGCUGGAGACGAAGCAAGAGAGAAAACUCUUAUGCCAGACGUCGUCGGUAUAUUCGCCGGAACCCCGAAGACUGGAGGAGCCAUGUGGCCGUACCGCUUCGUGACCCAUCUGCAGACGGCCCUGCUCAAGAAGUAUCCUAACUUCUCGCUGGACACCCAUACCCCCGCCCUGAACAUCACCACUGGAACCGAUAGUGGCAAAGCCAGGUUCGAGAUCAAGUCACCACGGGGCAGCAUCCGGGCGCGCCAUGUUGUCCAUGCCGAAGGUGCCUGGACACCGCACCUAGUCAACAACCUUGACGUCAAGAUCACCCAAGCACGCUGGCACAUGUCUGCGCAAGCUGUCGGGGAUAAGAUCCCGGACGCGGGCAAGUGGCCUUCGAUCUUCGGAAAUAGUAGCAUGCCGGGGGGGCGUGGAUGGGGUCUUUGGCGAGAUUACUACGGCUCUAUGCUUCAGCAGCCCAAGACUGGCCUAUUCAUAGCCGGUGGUGGCGUGGCAGGAGAGGGAGAUAAGGUGUCUGCAUGGGAUGACCAUUCACCUGUGGAACCUGUCAUCGCGUCGUACCUCAACGGAUUCCUCCCCACCUUCUUCGGCUACGAGAACUGGGGCGCAGAGAGGCCAGCAACUGCACCGCAGAAGGACGUCUACCCGGGCCGAUCCAAGGGUUUGUGGACAGGCAUCGACGCCAUGUCGUGGGACGAAUAUCCCAUCGUGGGAGCUCUGCCCGGUUCCAUAACCAAGCGGAGGGUCGUUAAGGGUGCCGAGUGGAUAGCCACAGGAUACAGUGGUGACGGCAUGCCCGCCGCGUGGUUGUGUGCCAAAGCUCUCAGCGAAGCCUUGCUCGGGACUGAGAGAAACCAUACCAACCAGACUUGGCCUGAUUGGUUCCCUGACUCCUGGAUCGUGUCGGAACAGCGCCUGAGCAAAGCAGGGACAAACAGUUCUCAACUCACCAAGCGCGCGCGUUAG